UAUAAAUAGAGUCUCCGAAAAUCCUCGGAAUCAGGUAUCGGUGGUGGUGGUGGACAGCUCCUAUUCUUUGCUUGGAGAUCUACUCUCUCCGAUCUCUCUCUCCGCUGCUGGUUUCCAUCUCUUCUAUAAAAAGAUGGGGCUGUCUUUCACCAAACUUUUCAGUCGGCUAUUUGCUAAGAAGGAGAUGCGCAUUCUCAUGGUUGGUCUUGAUGCUGCUGGUAAAACUACAAUUUUGUAUAAGCUCAAGUUGGGGGAAAUUGUCACCACUAUCCCUACCAUUGGAUUUAAUGUGGAGACUGUGGAAUAUAAGAAUAUCAGCUUCACUGUCUGGGAUGUUGGUGGUCAGGACAAGAUUCGACCUUUGUGGAGACACUACUUCCAAAACACGCAAGGGCUUAUCUUCGUUGUUGACAGUAAUGACCGAGACCGUGUGGUUGAGGCUAGAGAUGAGCUGCACAGGAUGUUGAAUGAGGAUGAACUGAGGGAUGCUGUGCUGCUUGUGUUUGCAAACAAGCAAGAUCUUCCAAAUGCUAUGAAUGCUGCAGAGAUAACUGACAAGCUUGGACUUCACUCUCUCCGACAGCGCCACUGGUAUAUCCAGAGCACAUGUGCCACUUCUGGAGAAGGGCUGUACGAGGGACUGGAUUGGCUUUCAAACAACAUUGCUAACAAGGUAGGCUCAAGUUACAUGUAUCUCAUGGUCACCCUUAAUAUUUGAAACAAAACUGAGGUAAUUGUGGCUUCACUUUUCGUAAUACAACCUUCUGACCUUUCAGGCUUAGAGGACUGCAGAAUCAGAUGGUUUUCUAAGGCUUUUCAUGGUUGCAGUCCGUGGCAGAGUAUAGGUGUUACUGCUAUUAUUUUUAUCAUUACUGGUGUUUUAGAUUUAAUUUUCUUUUUAUUAUUGCGGCGAAAAAUAGAUGCUUUUCUUUCUGUUACUUCUGAAAUCUUUUCAUAUGUACUAUCUGUUUGUGGUUUUUAAUUACCAUGUAGAUGGUUGACAUUUGUGAUUUGUCUCUCUAUGGUCCCAAUAAGUCACAUUCUGUUUCCUA